AUGUCUCUGCAAGGACUCAAUGUUCUUAUCCUAGUACAGCCGCAGACCGGCGCCUCGAUGGGUUUCGGCGAGGCCAUCGCCAACUCCGUCGCACAGCAGGGUGCAACUUAUCUGAUUCUAUUUGCCCGCUCCGGAGAUAAAGUGCAAGCUCUUGCGGUAGAGAUCCAAGAACAACACCCCAGUUCGAGGAUAAUCCGCGAAGCAGUCGACAACCAAUCUUACGAAGCCGUCAACGCAACCGUGCAAUCCAGCACCAAGGCGCUCGGGCAAAUCGACAUUCUGAUCAACAAUGCCGACCUCACCCUAGGCGCGCCCGCGCGCGCAUUCCCGACAUCCUGA